UGUUGGGUUAUGUUUACAAUGUAAGUUAUUUAUAGUAUCUUAUCCUUGGUUUGUUUAUUACGGAGAUGGUAUAAAAGAAUCGUGUGAUUGCGAUGUACGAGCAGUACAAGCGCAAAACUCGGGUAAACAUGGAAUAUAAAGGUACCAGUUUGAGUGAUAUGCACAAAGGUAAAGGGCCUUGGGAAUAUGAGACAUAUAAAUUGCAGCCCUCAAAGUACCACACAGUUCUGUAUCAACUUCCUGCAACUUUGAAGGAGCCCCCAAAACCCCACACAAGUUCAACUGUUUUCCAUUGGGAUGAAGGCUAUGUUCGCAUGCCAUACUCCAAUAAGAAUCUCUUCCCCAAAAAUAUUGAAGAAGGAGAAGAUAUUCUUGUUUCGCGAUGGGAACUUAUAAAAGAAUCGCUGAGCAAACCCAUUAAAUAUUUAGAAGAUUUCGAGAAAGCUUUACGAAGUUAUAACUUUAGAUUCCCGAAACCCACGGCGCUGCAGCAUUUGUUCUUCGAGGUGUUUUCGGAAGAAGAAACUCAAAAUUUCUUUAACGUGCUCUUACCGGGAAUCAUCGAUUUGGCAUUAAAGUUGCCAGAGAUCGUUCCGGAUUCUAUUCCACUAUUAAAAUCCGGUUCUUGUAAGUCCAUCUCGUUCAGCCAACACCAAGUGUCAUGUAUAUUAGCAAACGCGUUUCUGUGCACGUUUCCUACUAAAAAGGAAGAUGUUAAUUAUCAUAGCGUCAACUUUGCCAGCCUUUUCGCAUCGAAUUCCAGGCCCAAGCGUGUCAGCUGCGUCAUAGAGAAACUGAAAUGCAUUUUGCAUUAUUUCCAACGAAUCUUGAACGAAGCACCGGUUGGAGUGAUAACGUUCGAACGGAAACAUGUGAAUCGUUCGUUCGUACCGAGGUGGGAUAAGCUGGAAACUAAUUUGGGAAAUACCAGGGUCCAUAUAACAAGUGAAAGUUGUAUUGAGGAUGGUUUAGGUUUCCUGCAAGUCGAUUUUGCCAAUAAAUUUGUAGGCGGAGGUGUUUUGGGCUAUGGCUGUGUCCAAGAAGAGAUUCGAUUUAUAAUCAAUCCGGAAUUGAUUAUUUCUCGAUUAUUCACUGAGAAACUUGAAGAUAGCGAAGCACUUCUUGUGAUUGGAACUGAAAGGUUUAGUAAUUAUAAAGGAUACUCGGAUGCGUUUACUUUCGAUGGCGAUUGCAGAGACGAUGUGCCUUUUGAUCAGUAUGGUAGGCGGAUAACUAGUAUAGUAGCUAUUGAUGCUACACGCUUUAAUAAAGUCGCUGACCAAUUCGGAUGUCAUCACAUUAUAAGGGAAUUGAAUAAGAGUUAUGCGGGUUUCCACUCCCGUUUGACUGGGUCGAUUUCAGCUGUAGCCACAGGAAAUUGGGGAUGCGGAGCUUUCGGAGGUAACGUCCAUCUCAAGUUCUUAAUCCAAUUGAUGGCUUGUAGCGCAUCUAACAGAGAUAUGGUUUAUUACACAUUCUCCGAUCCAGAGCUACGCGAAAAACUAUACGACACCUACAUGUUCCUAGCAGUAAAUCAAAUAACGAUUUGUAAACUCUGGCGCUUGUUAUGCGGUUAUAACAGAAGCAAAAUUGUACCGGAAACUUUCCUCUCGUACAUCCAGCAAAGCUACUUCGAUUCCAAAUCUCAGCCCAGUAUAAAAUCAUUCUUUAAUAGCGAACCAGUCGCAUCCACUUCUAAAACAGAAUACGUAUUAAAGGUCGAUGUUGAGGAGAGUGUCGUGAACGACUGCAAGCGCAUGGAAAUUUCUCCAGUCUCUAAACUGAUAUCGCCCUUGAAGACUAUCAUCAAAAACCUGAAAGUGGCGCCGAUACCGAAACUGAUAUCGCCGAUCAAAAGUGACACGGAAGAUCUAUCUCCACCCAACACAAAGCGGAAACGAAUAAAAUCCGACGAUGAUUUAAUAAAUCUCUUCAAGCUGUUUGAUGAUGAUAAGACUACUACAACGAUUCCAAAUAGUAAUAAUAUGAAUAACAGUUCGUUGCUGGAAUGCAUUGACGAUUAUAGCAGGAAGAAUAAGAAAGCGGAAAGCACAGAUGUGUACGUCGAAGAUAUCUUGGAAAGCCUUUCACCUGAAGAGGAAAGUAAAACGCCGUCGAAAUUAAAUUCUAGUAAGAAAAAGAUCACUGAUUACUUCAGUAAAAAAUAGUUUGAUAAUUGAAUUCUCAAGAC